GGAAAAAAAAAAAACAAUUGUCUAUGGUGAUAAUUCGGCGUCUUCGUCAUUUCAUUACGGUUUGGUUAAAUUGCCAUUUGCUGUAAUAAAAAUGAUAUUUCUUAAAAGCCAAUACUGUUAACUUAUGUUUUGUCUUAAAUUUUAAACAUAUAUUAUAUAGCGUUGAUCGCUCGCGUCUUCUAAGUAGCAUUAGCAAGAUGGCUGAUAUAAAGACUAUGUUUAACAAAAUGAAUAGCCAGAAUGGCACGACGGAGGCAGCGCCUCCAGCGCCGCCAGCCAAAGGACAGAAGGCUACGAUUGAAAAGAUUUACCAGAAGAAAUCACAGUUGGAGCACAUUCUGCUCCGACCUGACACAUACAUUGGGUCUGUUGAGCGGGCUACUGAGACUAUGUGGGUGUAUGACAAAACCAAGGAAUGCAUGGUGCAAAGGGAACUCAAUUUUGUACCAGGCUUGUACAAAAUAUACGACGAAAUUCUAGUAAACGCAGCGGACAACAAACAGCGAGACCCAAAAAUGGAUGUAAUAAAAAUUGACAUAAAUCAAGAGCUGAAUACGAUUUCGGUUUAUAAUAACGGCUGCGGCAUCCCUGUUGUGAUGCAUAAAGAUGAGAAAAUGUAUGUACCGACCAUGAUUUUCGGACAUUUAUUGACAUCAUCAAACUACAAUGACGAGGAGGAGAAGGUGACGGGAGGUAGGAACGGUUAUGGUGCCAAACUUUGUAACAUUUUCUCAACUAAGUUCACAGUUGAAACAGCUUCUAAACAAUACAAGAAACAUUUUAAACAAACUUGGGGCUCAAAUAUGACGAAAGCUUCUGAACCUAAGGUUAAGGAAGCAGGAAAAGACGACGAUUUUACUAAAGUGACAUUCAGCCCCGAUUUGGCCAAGUUUAAAAUGGAGAAACUUGAAGAUGACAUUGUUGCGUUGAUGAAACGACGCGCGUACGACGUGGCCGCGUCCUCCCAAGGCGUUAAAGUUUAUUUGAACGGGGAAAGGUUAAAAAUAAACAAAUUCAAAGAUUAUGUAGAUUUAUAUAUAAAAGGUAAAGAGGAUGAAAAUGGACAACCGUUGAAAGUAGUAUAUGAGAAAGUGAACGAACGCUGGGAGGUUGCGCUUACUUUAUCUGACAGUGGGUUCCAACAGGUUUCAUUCGUGAACUCUAUAGCUACCACUAAGGGUGGAAAACACGUUGACACCGUGUCCGAUAGUGUUGUAAAAAGUAUUCAGGAAGUAUUAAAAAAGAAAAACAAAGGAGGUGUAAAUAUUAAGCCUUCCCAAAUAAAGUAUCACAUGUGGAUGUUUAUAAAUUGUCUUAUUGUAAACCCAACCUUUGAUUCGCAAACAAAAGAAAAUAUGACGCUUCAAGCUAAAAGCUUUGGAUCUAAAUGUAAUUUCUCUGAGAAAUUUAUAACUGCCGUGAGCAAAUCUGGACUGGUCGAGUCCGUAUUGAAUUGGGCCAAAUUUAAGGCGCAAACUGAGCUGGUGAAGGCGUCAGGUAAGAAGCAGAGUAAACUUAAAGGUAUACCGAAAUUGGAGGACGCAAACGAUGCUGGUACAAGGAAUGCACAUCUCUGUACUUUAAUUCUCACUGAGGGAGAUUCAGCGAAAACUUUGGCUGUGUCUGGACUUAGUGUAGUGGGCAGAGACCAUUAUGGAGUAUUCCCAUUGAAGGGUAAACCUUUAAAUGUACGAGACGCGUCACACAAGCAGGUACUUGAGAAUGUAGAAAUAAACAAUUUAAUAAAAAUUCUCGGGUUACAGUAUAAAAAGAAAUAUAACACAAUGGAUGACUUGAAGUCAUUAAGAUACGGCAAAGUGAUGAUCAUGGCUGAUCAGGAUCAGGACGGUUCACAUAUCAAGGGUUUGAUCAUCAAUUUCAUUCAUCACAACUGGCCCGAGUUGCUCAAAUUACCAUUCUUAGAGGAAUUCAUCACACCUAUUGUGAAAGCAACCAAGAAGGAUAAAGAGAUAUCAUUUUACUCAUUACCUGAAUUUGAAGAAUGGAAGAGAGAAACAGAGAAUCAUCACACAUAUAAUAUCAAAUACUACAAAGGUUUGGGUACCUCCACAUCAAAGGAGGCAAAAGAAUACUUCCAGAACAUGGACAGGCAUAGAAUUAGGUUUAAGUACAGCGGUACUACUGAUGAUCACCACAUUGAGUUGGCGUUUUCGAAGAAAGGGGCCGAUCAACGCAAGGAGUGGUUGACAAGUCACAUGGACGAGGUGAAGAGAAGAAAGGAGAUUGGCCUACCGGAAAGAUAUUUGUACACAAAGGAGACCAAAGCUGUCACCUAUUCAGACUUCGUAAACUUGGAGCUGGUUCUCUUUUCAAAUGGUGACAACGUAAGGUCGAUUCCUUCAAUGAUAGACGGCCUAAAGCCGGGCCAGCGUAAAGUGAUUUUCACGUGUAUAAAGCGUAACGACAAACGCGAAGUUAAAGUCGCGCAGCUGGCGGGUUCCGUUGCUGAACAUUCCGCAUACCAUCACGGUGAACAGUCACUUGCCAUGACUAUCGUGAACUUGGCCCAGAACUAUGUAGGUUCUAACAACAUAAACCUACUGCAGCCACGCGGUCAGUUCGGUACUCGACUCUGUGGUGGCAAGGACUCUGCGAGUCCUCGAUACAUAUUCACCCUUAUGUCGCAACUCACAAGACUUAUAUUCCAUCCGCAUGAUGAUCCGCUGUUGGUUCAUGAAUUUGAAGAUAACCAGAAGAUAGAACCAGUUCACUAUAUACCCAUUAUCCCGAUGGUGCUGGUGAACGGAGCCGAAGGUAUCGGCACUGGCUGGUCCACAAAGAUACCCAACUAUAACCCCAGGGAUAUUGUUGAAAAUAUACGUCGUAUGCUCGAUGGUGAAGAGCCCAAACAGAUGCAUCCAUGGUACAAAAACUUCCGCGGGACAAUAGAAGGGUUCGGCGACAAAUACGUCAUAUCCGGCGAGGCUGCUAUCCUACCUAAUGAUAAAAUUGAAAUAACUGAACUUCCGAUUGGAACGUGGACACAAAAUUAUAAGGAGAAUGUUCUAGAACCCAUGCUGGGCACCGAGAAAGUGAAACCAGUCAUAUCAGAAUAUAGGGAAUAUAACACGGAUACGACCGUGCGUUUCGUGGUGUCACUCCUGCCUGGAAAGCUGGCUGAAGUGGAAUCGGAAGGCAUCCACAAAGUGUUCAAACUACAGACCACUAUAUCAAUGACGUGUAUGAACGCGUUCGAUCACAACAACUGUUUGAACAAGUACGAUAAAGUAGAAGAGAUCCUCAGAGUUUUCUACGACAUUCGCAUGAGAUAUUACGUGCGUCGGAAGGACUACUUGGAAGGGCAGCUGCAAGCGGAAGCCGACAAGCUUUCGAACCAGGCGCGCUUUAUCCUGGAGAAGUGCGACAAAGGGCUCGUGGUAGAGAACAAGAAACGGAAGGCGAUGGUGGAGGAACUCAUCAAAAGAGGAUAUGCACCGGAUCCGAUUGCGGAGUGGAAGAAGCGAGCCGCCAAAAUGCAGGGCCUAGAGAUCAUUGCAGACGACGAGCCUGUAGAAUCUGAGGAGGAACCGGAGCCAGAGGAGAAGGGCAAACCAGUUGAUCCUGAGAAAGCAUUCCAGCAACUAAAGGAAGUGAAGAAGUUCAACUACCUGCUGGGCAUGUCCAUGUGGAUGCUCACCAAGGAGAAGAAGGAUGAACUCCUCAAACAGAGAGACCAGAAAUUGGCGGAGCUCACUGCACUCAAAGCGAAGACCCCUUCGAUGUUGUGGCGCGAGGAUUUGGACGCGCUGCUGUUGAAACUCGACGAAGUUGAGGAGCAGGAGAGACAGGAGGAGCUUGGCAUUAACAAGAAGACCUCUAAGGCACUGAUGGAUAGAAUGAAGGCUGCCAAUAAGAAGAACCGCAAGUCCCUAAUGGAUAUAAUACCAUCGGAUAAUGGCAGACGAGUGGAGCCCAAGAUUUCCGAGGACCUCAUUAAGAGGAUCCAAGCUGCUGAGAAGGCAAAGUCUAGGAAGGAACACAAGAAGGAGUAUGAUCCUGAUGAUCCAACUGGAGUAAGUCCAUCAAGUGGUGAGAAAAAGCCGAAAGCACGGGUGAAGAAGGAGAAAGUGGAGAAACCAGAGAAGGCUGAUGGUCUAAAACAGACGAAGCUCAACUUCAAGAAGGAACCUAAGAAGAAGAAGAUGUCGUUCAGCGGCAGCAGCUCGGGCUCGGCGUCGGACUCGGACGCCGGCAGCCUGCCGCCGCCCGCGCCCCGCCCGCGGCCGCAGGCUCGCCGCGCCGCCGCCAACGUACAAAAAUAUAAGGAUGGUUCAGACGAGUCAUCCUCAGAUUCGGAUGUGGAGCUCCUUGACAACAAAGUGGAGUCGGACACGGAGGCUCCGCGGGCUCUGUCUAUCAGUGAUGACGAUGAUUUCAACGUCAAGAAGAAUGCCGACAAGAAGAAGCCUGCCGAGAUGGAUUCGGAUUGUCUAUUCGACUCUCUGAUUGAGGACACAAAGAAGGAAGAAUUGGAAAAACCGAAACAGAAUCACAAUUCGUAUCCGGUCAGCGACGAUGAACCAGUCGCGGUCGACCCGCCGCCGAAAAAGAAAGCGGCGCCUAAACGGAAGCUGCACACAGAGAAGGAGGACAAGAAACCGAAGAAGAGGCCCGCCAAGAAUGUAUUCAGCCAGGACAGUGACGACGACAGUAUAUUCGAUAGUAAAAAGAAGGAAAAGAAGAAGGCGAAUCCCCGAAAGAAAACAAAGAAGGAAUGGAGUGAUUCGGAGUCGGGGUCGGAUUUGGAGGCGCGAGAGGUGGCGAAGGACGUGGUGCCUCGAACCACCUCCUCGCGGCCGAGGACCGCGCAGAAGUACAAUUUUAGUGACGGUUCUGAUUCUGGUUCUGACUAGAACCGCUAGCGGCACUGUUUGGAUGCAGUAUUCAACAAUUUGAGUCGCACCAUCGACUGCUUGGAAAAAGCCCAGAGGCGUAGAGGUUCGACUGAUUUUUGGUCGGAUCGCGUGUAAUAUAUUAAUUUGUUAAUCACAUUAAGAUUUAUUUUUAUACAAAUUUAUCUGAUAACGUUACGACUCAACGAAGUGUGAUCACGUGGUGAGCCCGUUAGAGAGAGGAUUUUUGGGUGUUGCCAGUGAUUUUUUAAAUUAUGACAAGUAUGUGUCGAUCGUGUCCGCCAUUCGAGUGUGGUAAGUUAGCGUUACAUUGCGGAUCGGCCAUCGUCGCGGCGUCUGCGGCGGUAAAUCUCCAUCUAAUUCGUUACCGUCAUAUAAAAAUUAUUUUCUGUAGCGGAUUUUUUUAUGGUGUCGAGUAUAUUAAACAUGUUAAGUCCACACGGACUGUCUGUCGAGUGUAGCUUAUAGUAUUAAAAAACUACAGAUGUUUUCGAUAUGACGUCGACGGCAUAACCGCACGCGGAUGUCGAAACAUGUCUAGGACGAUUGAUUCGUCCGUUUGAAAGAGUGUUUGAUAAUAGUAAAUUGUUUGUAGUAAAAUUGUUUUGACGUCCCGUGGCGAAAGAUCCGUUCAAUGCGACGCUAGCUUUACGGUUUAUAGCUCAUUAUAACAUCACUUGCUCCAAUGUAAUAAGGGACAUUUUAUACGAAUAUGGGGCCUGUUAUACCAUUGUGGAUUGUGAAAAUUGGUUAUAAUUUUAACAAUUUACUGUCUACUAAUGAUGUUCAGUGGCCUUGUUGACUGCUAUAGAUAAAAAUUCAGCCUAUAUUUAUUUACUUGUUGCAAUACAUUUGAAUACAAAAUAUCCUUCAUAAUAAAUUGUCUUACAUUUCCUUUGUACUGUUUUCUACUUGAGCUUUAGAGCCUAGGAAUAGUAUGGUCCUUCCUGUGUCGGAGCGGUGCUGGUGUAAUGUGCACACAACACACCAUUACGUUAAAUUAGGCACAAUUACUGUUAAGUAAUAUUUAUAACUACGAGUAGUUAGUAUAAAGUGGAAUGUUUGCAUGCACGUCGCAAGAAACGUUCGUCUUGCUACGUUUUCCGAUGACAGAUUGUUUUUUUUAUGUUUUGUUUGUGGACUAAAAUUUUCUAUUGUAGAACUUUUCGACGAUUGUACAUAAUUGUAAUCUUGAAAGUUUUCUAUUCUGCCCGCCUGUCAUUUCAUUUGUAUAAUGGAUUUCCAGUUAUUUAUUGUCUUUAUUUUUUUAUUUUCAAACUCGGCGUUUUGUUACUUAUGACUACUUGAGAUUUAACACUGCAUAAAAGCUUUUAAUUUUGAUGUCGCGAUAUAUAAAACUAUGUUUAUAUUUCAAGAGUAAGAUUGAAUCUCUAAAAAUGAUCUUUUAUUUCUUCUCACCUCGAAUCUUCUAUUGCCAUAGUCUUAAUGUGCUAAUGUUUUUUUAAUUUCAAACAAUAAUCUAAUAUACCGUCCGUGUAAUUUAUAAUGUAUAAACGAAUUACAUUCUAUUGUUAUGCAUAGUGCAUCAGGAUAAUUUGUACCUUGUUCUUGGCAUGAUAAAAUAUUUUAACCCUUUGCACUCCAGCCUAGUAACUCAUAGAGGUUGUCAAUAAUUCAUUAACUUAACAAUAAUUUAUUAUAAUGAAAACAUAAUAAACUUAUCAUAAAUAUUAUAAAAUAAACAGACAAAUUUCGCUUAAGUAUUAAGGGCACUGAGUCAGUAAAACAACCGUGUCGCCGUAGACUCAACAAUGGAUUUAAUGUUAGCAUUGUAAUGUCGCAAAUACGGCGACAAAUGGAGUGCAAAGGGAACAAUACAAUGAAUGUUUUGACUCUAAUAAAUAAAUAUAUGUGGUGUUAGAACUUAUAGUAUGUCUUCAUUAUGUUGGUUGUAUUUUAGUAAGUAUUGUACAAUUUGUAUCAUCGCUGGUAUAUGUACAAAUUGAGACAAUUUAAUGAACGAUUUAUUGAAUUUAGAAUUUCGUCAAUUAAUGUUUUGAGAAUAUUCUAAAAGUUUAUGAAAUCUCGUGUGCGCAAGAUUAAUUUGUUACUCGGUAAUUUCGUUCGUACUUUAAUAAUUCGAUACAUGAAAUGUUAAUUUUCAACAAUUUGUAAAUAAAAGGAUAAUUUAAAUA